AUGGUUCUGGACCAGCAGAUGCUCCACCUUUCCCUUGAGGAUCGCCGCCCGGUCGGCUUCGACAUGCUUGUCACUCCGCCGGCGGAGAAUGACUUAGAUGCGACCGGCGCGCUCGGUCCCCAUGCCCAACCUCAAUCCCAAUCCCAAUCCCAGUCCCAGUCACAAUCACAAUCACGCGACAAGAUUCCCUCCGACCUUGAACACCCCAUGAGCCGCAUCUAUCGAUACACCCCUACGCCCACCAUCGUCCUCGACGGUUCCCUCAAAGUUAUUGAAGUCUCCGAUAGCCACCUCGCCCUCUUUAAACAUACUCGCACCCACUUGAUAGGCUCCAGUAUCUACGAUUUAGCGCCACGGGCCGUCCCCGCUCCAGAUAUCCCCUUGUUAAGUGGUGCAAUAGGUGCCUCCCUCACUACUCGGUCCGUACAGUCUAUCGAACCAAUUCGCGUUGCCGGUUGUGACUCCGACUUCGCCCUCCGAGUGACUCCGAUAUUCGACGAUGGUACCCUCAUCUACGUGCUGCUUGAAGCCCAGAGCAUCAAGCGCGAGCGGAGUGGUCACCCUGGAUCGAACGAGCAACCUUUCCUGAAUGAAACAUACAAAGUCCUCGUCGACACAGUUAAAGAUUAUGCCAUCUUCAUGCUCGACACCCGCGGCAAUAUUGCAACGUGGAACUCGGGCGCUUCCAUCCUGAAGGGUUACACUCGGGAUGAAAUUAUUGGCCAACAUUUCUCUAUCUUCUACGGGGCUGAAGACCAGCGGGCGCGAAAGCCAGCCCGGGAACUCGAUGUCUGCCUACGUGAAGGAAGAGUAGAAGAUGAGGGUUGGCGCUAUCGAAAGGAUGGCGGCCGAUUCUGGGCAAAUGUCAUGAUCACCCCGAUCUUCCAACUGGGCCGACAUGUCGGCUUUGUCAAAGUCACCCGGGAUCUCACCGAACGCAAGGCCACCGAGGCCCGAUUGAUCGAUGCGUUUGAAGAGUCAGCCAAGCUGAAGACGGAUUUCUUGGCCAACAUGUCGCAUGAACUGCGCACCCCUAUGAACGGGAUGUUUUUGGCUUUAACCAUGCUGAUGAGAACCGCCCUGAGCGACGAUCAACGGGAAUAUGCGUCGAUUCUGGAAGACUCAACCUCCAUUCUCCUACAGGUCAUCAACGAUGUCCUGGACUACUCGAAGCUGUCUUCGGGAUCCUUUUCCUUGACUACUGAUGUCGUCAACAUUCCUAGCGUGAUCAACGCCGUGGUCCGUAAUUGCCAGCCCGCGGCCAAGCCGGAACUGUCGGUGGUGAGCUUUGUCGCACCGAACUUUCCUUCGAACCUCCAGGGCGACCCUUUGCGAUUUCGCCAGGUGUUGCAGAAUCUUGUCAGCAACGCCGUCAAAUUCACCGAGAAAGGCCACGUUCGCGUAAAGGCAUCGUAUGAGGUGGAUCCGUAUAACCCACAAUCAUUCGACAUAUCCAUUGAAGUCGUGGAUUCUGGAAUCGGAGUUCCUGAAGAAGCCGUUGGUACACUCUUCACGCCAUUCACCCGCUUUGCCGAUUCCGCCACCAAGCGAUACCAGGGCACAGGGCUAGGACUGUCCAUAUGCAAAAGUCUAGCUGAACUCAUGAAAGGUGUUGUCGGGUUCCGCAGUAACCCAGACGGACCAGGUAGCAUCUUCUGGAUAUCAGCCAAGAUGAGCCGAAUCGAUGAUCAUCAAGCGUCUCGAUCGAAGCCUUUGAUUUCGCCGACCCCGGUCCUGCACAAUUUCGACCCGGAGCCACUCUUGAAAAAGAUCGCUCCGCAAAAACACAUCCUCCUGGUUGAGGAUAACAACGUCAAUCAAACCAUCAUGAUGAAACUUCUCGGAACCCUGGGCUUCGAGCGCAUCGAUGCCGCGUGGGACGGGUUGGAGGCAGUGCGCAUGGUGAAACAGAAACCAUUGGCCUACAACCUGAUUUUGAUGGACAUUAACAUGCCAGUGAUGGAUGGCAUGUCAGCAACCAAGCAAAUCCGCGGUAUGAAGAUUGACGUACCCAUCAUUGCAUUGACGGGAAAUGCACUCAAGGGCGACGCAGAGUUGUACCUGGCGCAGGGCAUGGACGAUUAUAUUGCGAAGCCACUCCAUCGACAGCAACUGAUCGACAUGUUGUGGAAAUGGUGUGGGUCUCAAGGCUGA